GCGGUUUUAUCUUAGAGUUAAAAUUGAAACGUCAUUCAGAAAGUGAUUUGACAACUAGUCUUUACCUGUGGCAACCCAAGGCCCCUCCCCAGGGCUGGGCAUAAAUCAGCUGUGGGUAAGCCAGCCAAUGCCUCCCAACUUCUGGAAAGCAGCCAAGAGGAACUUCAGCUGGAAAAAUAAAGCAUAGAGACUUCCUGAGAAGAGGACAGACCUUUUCAGGAGCAGGACAGGUGAGGAGUAGAUCAGUUCCAGGCUCAACUCUUCAGGUAACUCAUUGGACACCACCAUGUCUGUCUUAUACCCAUCCCUAGAAGAUCUGAAGGUGGACAAAGUCUAUCAGGCUCAGGCUUCUGUGAUUCCCAAGAUGUUGACCCUCCCAGCCCAGGAAACCUCAUCCUCACAACCUGCUUUGUACCCAAAUUUGGCUGAAUUAGGAAGUUACAUGGGCCUCUCUCUCUCAAGUCAAGAAGUCCAACAGAACUUGUCCCUGACUCCAGCAAGUGACAAUCAAGUGGUCACUCCCACUGUACAAGGUCAGAUGGUAGCCCCAGUGACCGGAAAUAACGUGGGCGCUCGCAGAGCUGAGAUCAGACCCGGCGUGCGAGAGAUCCACCUGUGCAAGGACGAGAAGGGGAAGACUGGGCUACGGCUGCAAGCCAUUGAUAAGGGCCUGUUUGUCCAGUUGGUUCAGGCCAAUACUCCAGCCUCCCUCGUGGGCCUGCGCUUUGGGGACCAGAUCCUGCAAAUUGAUGGGAGAGACUGCGCGGGCUGGAGUGCAGACAAGGCCCACAAGGUGGUAAAGAAAGCCUCAGCUGAGAAGAUCGUCAUGGUUGUGAGGGACAGGCCUUUCCAGCGGACCGUCACCCUGCACAAAGACAGCAGCGGCUUUGUGGGAUUUGUGAUGAAGAAGGGGAAAAUUGUGUCCAUUGUCAAAGGCAGCUCUGCGGCCCAAAACGGGCUCCUCACUAACCACUAUAUCUGUGAGGUGAAUGGGCAGAAUGUCAUUGGGCUGAAGGACAAAGAGACUACGGAAAUCCUGGCCACAGCUGGAAAUGUGAUCACCCUCACCAUCAUCCCCACAGUGAUUUAUGAGCACAUGAUUAAAAAGCUUUCUUCGACCCUGUUGCAUACUUCCAUGGAUCAUUCUAUCCCUGACAUCUGAAGCCAAGGACCUAGACAGCCUGCAGCUUCCUGUCCUUCCACGGGGAACCCUCUGACAUUUCAAAAGGUGGAAAAGGCCACAGUUCACGCCUCCUUAACCCUUUCAGGGGGCCAUUUCUGCCAUUUCAGGGGAAGGGGUGGGAAAGAGCAGCAUCCCAUAUUCUGAUUUAUUUUUCUUCUACCUGGCUGAGAGGGAGCUCUUUGCCCUGCUGCAGGGUGAGAAGAAAGGGUCCUGGAAGGACCUCUGUAUGUCAAAGGGUUAAGAAAAGAAUGGAAAGAAAUGGAACCUGGAGCCAGACCAUAACAAAAUGUUUGUAUGCCUGGAAGAAUGAAUUCUGGCAAAUAUUAAUGCUCAAAUGGUUUCCUGGAGCCUUCAGGUAUCAAGAAGAGAAGGAAUGGGGGUGAACGCAAACUGUUUCACAUUGUUUUUGCAAAAACAAUCUGGUGAAGCAGCAUUUCAGGAGAUAAAGAUCAAAGCAGAGGGAGAGCAAAAGGAAUCUCAGAAGUAAUGUAAUCCAACCCCUCAUUACUUAGCAUCAAAUUUAUAAUUGUUGUGAUGAAACCAAGUAGAUUAUGGUUCAAGGGAAUUAAUGUAACAGGCUACUCAGUUCUGUCACCCCACCCCCUUUUACUUGUCACUUCAGCAUUUUAUAGCAGUUGAUUUUAAUAUUCUCAAGAAGGUUGAUCUUAUUGGGGGUAAGUCUUGAUGUUGAGCAGAGGAUCUAGGGAGAAAUAAUUGGUUGUCAUUAUUGAAAUAGCAACUGAAGAGUUGACCCUCAAAAGGAAAGGAAUAAGCAUAACUUGGUUCCCUCUCUUAGCUCUUUACUAUCUUUGCAGUAGAACAAAAAAAAUUAUUAAGUGAGUCCCUGAUGAUGAACAAUCAAUAAACAUUUAUUAAGCACCUAUUACAUGCCA